AAGAUGUGUACUGAGAGAUAGAAUGUUGGAAAGUUUAUCAAAAGUGAGAGAGGUACAAACACCCACACACACACAGGCAGAGAGAGACAAAGAGAGAGAGGGCAACAGGAUAUUUUGUCACUAUGGUUACUGACAGCAGAUACGGAUCUUGAUUUCUGUAUGUCAUGCUGUUCUCAUUCAGGGCAGUGUGGUUGUAGUGCUGUCGGAACAGAACCUAAUAAUUUAGAUAAACUUUGAACAGGACGUGUCAGGUUUCUGGAUUAAUGUGGCUUCAGUAAAUAUCAAGAAAAACGUAUUCCAUCUGUGAGCUACUGGUUCCUGCAAUAUAGAGAUGGGUUCGACCACUGUGCCUGUGACCUUGAACUCCUCAUCCACCAACAAUGACUUUAAUAAUUCUACCUGUAACACUCUGUACGCCCACCGGGAAUAUGCCAGGGUCCUCAUGCCUCUGUUCUAUUGCAUUGUGUUCUUUGUGGGACUGUUCGGUAACUGCCUUGCCCUCCACGUCAUCCGUCCAAACCUGAAGAAGAUCAACUCCACCACUUUGUACUCUCUCAACCUGGUUAUUUCUGACAUCCUCUUCACCCUCUCUUUGCCUGUGAGGAUUGCCUACUAUGCUCUGGGCUUCCACUGGCCUCUGGGUGAGGCGAUGUGCAAGAUCUCAGGCCUCAUCUUCUACAUCAACACUUACGCAGGGGUCAAUUUCAUGACCUGCCUCAGUGUAGACCGCUUCAUCGCUGUAGUCCUGCCUCUGCGCUUUUCCCGACUCAGAAAGGUCAGUAAUGUGCGCUACAUUUGUGUUGGUGUGUGGAUGCUGGUCCUGGGACAGACCCUCCCCCUGCUGAACAUGAGUAUGACCAACAAGGAAGAUGAUGGACACAUCACCUGCAUGGAAUACCCCAACUUUGAGAAGGUCGACCACAUUGCCACUAUACUGAUCGGUGCUGUCUUCCUUGGUUACAUCAUCCCCGUUGUGACCAUCCUAGUGUGUUACUCCGUCUUGUGCUCCAAACUUCACUUCACAGCCAAGAAGAACCAUUUGACAGAGAAGUCCGGUCGGAGCCGCAAGGUCAUCGGAGUGAUAUGCUGCGUAUCUCUGGUGUUUGUUGUCUGCUACAGCCCCUAUCACAUUGACCUCCUGCAGUAUAUGAUCCGCAAGCUGGUGUCAAGCCCUGAUUGUGCUGAUCUCACAGCCUUUCAGGUAUCGCUGCACAUCACUGUGUGCCUGAUGAACCUCAACUCCUGUUUGGAUCCUUUUAUCUACUUCUUCGCCUGUAAGGGCUACAAGAGGAAACUUAUGAAGCUGCUGAAGCUACAGGUCAGCAUGUCCUUCUCCAGUGCAGUGAGGACGUCACCAGAAGGCUCCUCUAAGGAUGUUAUUGAUGGCAACAAGAUCCAACUCAACAGUUGUACUAUUGUUUCAACCAGUGAGAGAUUCUCAGAAAGGAGAGUACUGCGGCAUGAGUAAAUGAGAGAACUGAGGCACCGAGUUACACAAGAUGAAGGACCUUUUACGCGUGGGCCUGCUUUAAUCAAGGCCAGUCCAAUAAUGUGCCACUGAGUCCACUCAUUCCAUCAAGGACUCCAAGCAGCUACUAAGCAUCUGGAUCCAUAGAAAUUCAGCUCUUAGUUUACACAAGGGCAGGUUUGUAAAAAGAACAUUAACAGAAUGACUGAAUUUUAAGAAGGAAAAUUCAACACUUCCUAUGUUUAUAUAUUUUCUUAUUAAUAUUAGUGACUUACUCAGGAAAGCACAGAUCAUUGCAGUUAAGGAAAGAAAGGACUUCUUCAUAAAGCAUGCUUGUCUCCUGCCAAUAGACUUAGUGUUGUUGAGGUAGCACAUGAAGCAGAUCAUACUGGACGUGGCCAGUCAACCAAUAUAGAGCUGAAAGAGACAAUGAUGAACAUCUAAGAGUGGAUAUGAAGUGUGUUCAUGUAAAAUACUUACUUUUAGAGUAGAGUAGAUAUAAGUUUCAUUCCAAAAUGAAAUCAGACUCACAACCUCAGGUUUUUCAGGGGUUAUUUUUACCUCAAGUUUCAGUUCAGCCCACAGCUGUAAUGUCUCAGGAACAUUGAUCAACUGUACACUCAUUAUUGCCAGCACAUGUUUGCCUGCUUUAACGUGCACUUCCUCUUGAUGAAAGUAGUCGUGGUCUAUGAUGUAACUUAAUUUAAAGGAGAUCUGUUUUAACAAGAGUUAUGGUAUUCACAUAACAUUAUUGUGUUUCCUUGAGGUUAAGGUUAACUGCAUUUCAUUCUUCAUAAAACAUUUGCAAAGCUGAUUCUUCUGAGUAUACAUUCAUGUUUACUAGCUUGCAGCCUUCUUCCUUGCCUUUGCUGGUGCACUGCAGCACAUCUUGAUGUGUUACCAACACCUUUAGACCAGUGGAACCAUGGGUAGCACUGUGAAAUUGCAUCAACCAUGUGGAGGUUGAUGAGAUGAACAAAACAGGGACCCACUCUUCAAAAACAGCUCCACAGCACUACUAGAGGUCUAAAACUCCACAGGGGACUUUAGAUAGUUUGUUAUAUGGAGUGCUACCAAAAUAUUAAUUAUAAUUUUUUUGUUUUGUUAUUCAUUUUAAGAUUGGCUUUUAUCUGUUUUCACAAAGAAACUGUUUCAAGUGUUUCUCUGUUAGCGUUUUGUAUUGUGUUUUUAUCCCCUUUAUAGAACUCUGACAGAGUUUAGGGAACAAAGGGAUGUGGGGGCUAAUUGAUGAGACUAUACUGUAAUGCAUCAACAAUAUAUAUAGUAUACAGGAUACAUUUUUGUAUAAUGUAUCCAGUAUACAGGCUCCAGUUGUUGUGUCAUUGACGGAUACCUUUAAAUCAUUGACUGCACUUCAACCCUCUUCUCUUUACCUCCAAACAUCCCUGUCACCUCAUUAAAACAAAUAAACAUUUGGUUCUAAAACUA